AGAUGUGAAUAACGCACGUGUGGAAAGAAGCAGUUGCAGGAACCUGAACGUAUAGAUCUGACUGGCAGAGAGGCUCGGAACAAGAGAGACGUUUUUAAAAUACUAUUUUUGUCCCGUUUACACCGUUUGAUUGACCGCUAAACCGCAGGAACCUCUCCAGCUCCUUAGAGGCGCGCGGAGCAGGACGUCAGUUGAACGGCUACCAGACCGAGAGGGAAAGUUCUCGGUGUCUCUCACCGGGCCUGCCUGUGUCUGUGUGUUAGUGUUCACUCGUUGCCUUAGCUUUGUCAAGGUGCUUUCGUAUCACAGACUUUGACGUCAUGGCGGACUACCUGAUCAGCGGGCAGACCGGUUACGUCCCAGAUGACGGGCUAACGGGACAGCAGCUGUUCAACGGGGGAGACGGGCUAACUUACAAUGACUUCCUGAUUCUGCCAGGCUACAUCGACUUCACAUCAGACCAAGUGGACCUGACCUCAGCUCUAACCAAACAAAUCACCAUGAAAACUCCCUUUGUAUCCUCACCUAUGGACACCGUCACAGAGGCCAACAUGGCCAUUGCUAUGGCACUAACAGGUGGUAUCGGCUUCAUCCACCAUAACUGUACUCCAGAGUUUCAGGCCAAUGAAGUUCGCAAAGUCAAGCGUUAUGAGCAGGGCUUCAUCACUGACCCCGUGGUAAUGAGUCCCAAUCACUGUGUACGAGAUGUGUUCCAGGCGAAGGCUCGCCAUGGCUUCUGUGGUAUCCCUAUCACAGACAAUGGUAAAAUGGGCGGCAAGCUGGUAGGAAUCAUCUCUUCAAGAGACAUCGACUUCCUGAAGGAGGAAGAUCAUAACCUGCCACUCAGUGAGGUGAUGACAAAGCGAGAGGAUCUUGUGGUGGCCCCUGCUGGAGUGACACUAAAAGAAGCUAAUGAAAUCCUCCAAAGGAGUAAGAAAGGAAAACUGCCCAUAGUGAAUGAAGAGGACUCCCUAGUGUCCAUAAUUGCUCGCACAGACCUAAAGAAGAACAGAGACUUCCCUCUGGCCUCCAAAGAUUCCCGCAAACAGCUUCUGUGUGGUGCUGCCAUCGGCACCCAUAACGACGACAAGUACCGUCUGGACCUGCUGGUGCAGAGCGGGGUGGAUGUAGUUGUACUGGAUUCUUCUCAGGGAAACUCAAUCUUCCAGAUCAACAUGAUCAAAUACAUCAAAGAAAAGUAUCCAAGCCUUCAGGUCAUCGGAGGGAAUGUGGUGACUGCAGCUCAGGCUAAGAACCUGAUCGAUGCAGGAGUAGACGCUCUGAGAGUUGGAAUGGGCAGUGGCUCCAUCUGCAUCACACAGGAAGUGCUGGCGUGCGGCAGACCCCAGGCUACAGCUGUCUACAAGGUGUCGGAGUACGCCAGACGAUUUGGGGUGCCAGUCAUCGCCGAUGGAGGCAUCCAGACUGUUGGACACAUUACCAAAGCUCUGGCACUGGGAGCAUCCACAGUCAUGAUGGGCUCUCUGCUGGCUGCCACCAGCGAAGCUCCUGGUGAAUACUUUUUCUCUGAUGGCAUCAGGCUGAAGAAAUACCGGGGCAUGGGCUCCCUGGAUGCAAUGGACAAAAACCUGGGCUCUCAGACCAGAUACUUCAGUGAGAGUGACAAGAUUAAAGUUGCACAAGGGGUUUCUGGAGCGGUACAGGACAAAGGCUCCAUCCACAAGUUUAUUCCCUACCUGCUGGCUGGUACUCAGCACUCCUGCCAGGACAUUGGAUCCAAGAGCCUCACACAGCUUAGAGCCAUGAUGUAUUCUGGAGAUCUGAAGUUUGAAAAGAGAACUAUGUCCGCUCAAAUGGAGGGGGGAGUCCACAGCCUGCACAGUUAUGAGAAGCGUCUGUUUUGAAAGGAAGUCAGCCAUUCAGCCUGCAGAUGGAAAAUACUUUCUACUUCAAAAGUUAUGCAAACACUAGCUAGACCCUCCAGUUAGUCUUUAAAAAUAAACACACAAACACAAACAUACACUCUGCACUUCCAGGGAUCCAUCAGUCUUCCUUCCAGUGUCAUCUAUGCAUCAUCUUUGUUAAUGUAACUGUUUGUGUGUGAAGAAAGGAAUAUAAGCAUUUAUCAAUCAGUGCACGUGCGAUUGAGUCCUCUGAUGCCUUUCAUGUUGUGAAAAAAAGUGUCUGGUUUGUCCAUUUUUAAGCAAAAAGAUGUCCAAAAAUAAAGCCUGUUUUUCCAUGA